GCUAAAAAAUAGGCAGCCAAACCUCUUGUUUACGUUGGUAAAUAUUAAAAUUCUAUAUAUAUAUAUAUAUAUAUAUAUAUAUAUUUAUAAAUUUUUUGUUAAAGAUAAUUCAUACCUUUUUUGGUUUACGAGAAGCAUUGCCGUGUACUUUUGUAUUGAAUCGAACAGCAGUAUGAAGGCAGUGGUUGCGAAUGGAGAACGAGGAUUAGAAUACACUACAAACGCAGAAAAACCAGCUCCUGCUAAAGGACAAAUUCUUGGCCGUGUUUCUCAUAUUGGACUAAAUCCGAUUGAUUGGAAAAUUGCCUACAAUGUGCCGAUUUCGAAGGGCACAAUUGGCGGAACCGAUUUUGUUGCAAUUGUAGAGGAAGUUGGAGAGGGUGUGGAUGCCGACAAGUACAUAGGAGCUAAGGUGUCUGGUUGGGUUCCUGGGUUUUUCUCGUUUUCGGGAUCCGCUUGGGCUGAAUACGUUUGUACCGAUGCCAAACUAGUCUACUUUGUUCCCGAUAGUAUAUCACCUUUGAACGCUUCUACAAUUCCCUGCGCCUUAACCACUGCUUCCCAAGGAAUUCAUCAACGGAUUGGAUUGCCCAUGCCUCGAGCCGAUGGCUCUGCGAAUCCGACACGAAGGAAAUGGUUUCUCGUUUGGGGUGCCUCUUCGUCCGUUGGACAAUAUGCCGUUCAAUUUGCAAAAUUGGGAGGUUGUGAUGUUGUGGCGACUUGUUCUCCGAAGAAUUUUAAACUAGUAGAGAAAUUAGGAGCCACAUUUGUUUUUGACUAUCAUGACAGCCAGGUUGUUGAGAAAAUCAAGCAAGCUACGAAUGAUUCUGUAUUCUUUGGAUUUGACGCUAUCAGUCUCUCUCACACGAUUACAAAGUGUAUAAUGGCUUUUAGCCUUGAAGCAAAGGCUGCCAAGUUAAUUACUGUACUGGGACCUCCGGAGAAUCCUCGUGAAGAAGCAGUCGAUGUCAUUACUGCGUUUAGUUUCUCUUUGUUUAAUGCGAAGUUUGAAUUUUUUGGUGAAAUUGUGCAAGGCAGCAGUGAAGAUUAUGAACAUAUCGCCAAACUUUUUGAGUUACUGCCGAUAUUAUUGGAGAAAAAAAUUGUCCUCCCUAACAAAGCAAGGGAGUUUGCAGGUGGCUUACAAGCGAUUCCUGAUGCGUUAAAUGAAUUUUCCUCUGGAAAUCACAGUGCUAUCAAGUUUGUCAUUGAUGUUUAAAAGUGAAUUGAUGAUAUAUAUUUUUGUUAAUAUUAAUUUCAUUCUGGGAGAGGCAUUUACUAAACUUAAUUCUUUUUUUUUUCUCUAAAUGGAAUUAUUCUUUCUUUUUUUCUUUAGUUCCUUUCUUUUUGUUUGUUCCUCGUCAGUUUUUCGAUUUGAGGAUUUGUAUAAAUUUGAAUCAAUAAAAUAAAAAAAAAAAAAGAGAGAAAAAAUUAAUAACAUUAAGGUCUGAAAG